AUGCGCUUUUCGCUACUCCAGAUUGGCGCCGCCUUUGGGCUGGCUGCCUCGGUCAGUGCCUCAUCGCCUGGCCGUGAUCUUUUCGAACGCGCCGAGCAGUUGAGAGCAAAGGCUCCCAUCAUCGAGAAGAGAGAGAUUGGCAAGCCUUUUGAGCACCCGAGACUCCAAAAGAGAGCUUCGCCAUACCUUAACAACGUGACUGAGACCAUCCCCGAUGUCAAGUUCGACGUCGGCGAGUCGUACGCUGGUCUCCUGCCCAUCAGUGGUGCCGCUAACGAGACUCGCGAGCUCUUCUUCUGGUUCUUCCCUUCGACCAAUCCCAACGCCACUGAAGAGAUCGCUAUCUGGUUCAACGGUGGCCCUGGCUGCAGUUCGCUCAGUGGUCUCUUGACGGAGAACGGUCCAUUCACCUGGGAGGCUGGAACUCUUGAGCCCGUCCAGAACCCCUACACCUGGGUCAACCUCACCAACAUGCUUUGGGUUGAACAGCCCGUCGGUGUCGGUUUCUCACAAGGCGUGCCCAAUAUCACCAACGAGGUCGAGCUCGGUCUUGAGUUCAUCGGCUUCUACAAGCAGUUCGUCGACACCUUCAGCCUUCAGAACUGGAAGGUCUACCUGACUGGUGAGUCUUACGCUGGCUUCUACGUGCCUUACAUUGCCGACGCCUUCAUCAACGCUGCCGACACUGUCUACUACAACCUCAAGGGUAUUGCUAUCAAUGACCCUAUCAUUGGUGACUCGACCACCCAGCAGCAGGCUGUCAUUGUCCCUUUCGUCGACUACUGGGAGAAUCUCAUUUACCUCAACGAGACCUUCUUGCAGCAGAUUCACGACCGUGCCGACCAGUGCAACUACACAUCGUAUCUGGCAAAGUACCUCACCUUCCCUCCUCCUCAAGAAAAGUUCCCAACCCUCCCUGACCCUUACUCCUCUGAUACCUAUGCAUGCGAUAUGUUCGACACCGUCUACGAGGCCAUCCUUCUGGUCAACCCCUGCUUCAACAUCUACCACAUUAGCGAGACUUGCCCUCACCCUUGGUCGGUUCUUGGAGGUGUCAAUGUGGGUGAUUACAUUCCUUCAGGAGAGGUCGUCUACUUCAAUCGCACCGAUGUUCAGAAGGCUAUCAACGCUCCUGUCGGCACCAAUUGGCAGCAGUGCACCAAGAUCAACGUCUUCGGUGGUGCCACAAACAACCAAUCGUUGAGCGAUACCAGCAAGGGCCCUGCUCUCGACGGCACUCUCCAGCGUGUCAUUGAAUACACCAACAACACCAUCAUCGGCUCCGGUAACCUUGACAUGCUCCUCUCCACCAACGGUACACUGCUUGCCAUCCAAGGUAUGUCGUGGAACGGAAAGCAAGGUCUUCAGGAAUACCCCGGCACGGAAUUCGACGUCCCUUACCACCCUGAGUACAACGGCGGUGCUCUCUCCGGAGCCGGCAAGGUUGGAUACUGGGGCUCCGAGAGAGGUCUAACCUUCUACCAAGUCCAGCUCGCAGGUCACGAGCUUCCUGGCUACGCCCCUGGCGCUGCUUACCGCUCCAUCGAGCUGCUUCUUGGACGCAUCGACUCUUUUGCCUACGACAGCGACUUUACCACUCAGACUGGCAACUUCACCGGCAAUGGUACCAUCUAUGGCCAGCAGAAGAUCUACUAG